AGGAGAAGCUACACCACUACAUCACAGGAAAAAAGUCUACCACAGUCAAGUAGAGCUCGAAGGAAUUACAAGAGGUCGAGCUUUCAAAACAUACAGCUGUUAGAUCUGAUAAGAUAAUCAAUCAAUCAAUCAAUAAAAAAAAUCCAGAUUUGAAGAAAACCCAAUUUGCAAAUCUGUUUCGUUGUGUUGAAAGGAUCAGGAAAGAUUAGAAGAAGCAGCAAUGGAUGCUUUGAGGAAGCAAGCCAGCAAGUUCAGAGAACAAGUUGCCAAGCAACAGCAGGCUGUAAUAAAGCAAUUUAGUGGAACUGGUUAUGAAAGCUCAGAUGUGGUAGUUAUUGAUGAGAUUGAGAUGCAAAGACAUCAACAACUGGAUAAACUGUACAGGUCCACUCGUUCAGGAAGGGAUUUUCAGAAAGAUGUUGUUAAAGCUGCAGAAGCAUUUACGGCCAUCGGGUAUAAGCACAUUGAAACAGGAACCAGGUUCUCUGAAGAAUGUUGCCGAUAUGGAACUGAAAACAGUGAAAACAUCAAUGAAAAUGUUCUUGCUAAAGCUGCAGCUAUUUAUGGUGAUGGUCGUAAACAUGUAGAGAAGGAGCAGGAAGAUUUAAUUAAGCUGUUAUCCCAACAGGUUUUGGAUCCCUUGAGAGCAAUGAUCGCUGGUACUCCUUUAGAAGAUGCUCGUCAUCUUGCUCAACGCUAUAGUCGAAUGAGACAGGAAGCAGAGGCACAGGCAGCAGAGGUUUCCAGAAGACAAGCACGAAUAAGAGAAGCGCCACUUCCUGAAAAUGUGGCAAAGUUGCAUGCCGCUGAAGCAAGGAUGCAGGAACUUAAAGCAAAUAUGGCAGUUUUGGGUAAAGAAGCGGCUGCCGCAUUGGCUGCUGUUGAAGCACAGCAGCAAAGACUGACUUUACAAAGGCUUGUAGCUAUGGUUGAAGGGGAAAAGACUUAUCAUUUAAGUGUGGCUGCAAUUCUUAGUGAGAUUGAAGCUGAGAUGGUUUCUGAGAAACAGCGCAAAGAAUCUGCUCCCCCUGUGAUUGCACCGGACAAUGGCUCAGGGAAAACAAUGUAUUACUUGACUGAAGCAAUGCAUCCUUUUUCUGCUGCAUCCGAGAAGGAACUGAGCUUGGCAGUAGGUGACUUUGUUGUUGUGCGAAAGGUCAGCCCAUCUGGAUGGUCAGAAGGAGAAUGCAAGGGUAAAGCAGGGUGGUUUCCAUCCGCUUAUGUUGAGAAGCGCCAGAGACUUCCAUCCAAUCCGGCUGGUGAAGUCUAUUGAGUUAUAAUCUGUAUAAUUCUUUUCAUGACAGGAAAAAAGGCAUAUUAUGCUGGCUUAUUAUCUGAUGUGUUCUGUUGCAAUGUUCAUUCUCUUGCCUUAUGUGUAUCUUGAGAUACUAAAAAGUUAGAAUUUGUUGGUGUUUAUAUUCUUUGAUCACUUUAAACACAUCAGUCAUUUAUG